GUCACGAACUUAGGGGUCAAUCUUCUUCACAAAAAGAUGGCGGACGUGCGCUUGUGGGGUUAUAAGAUAUACAGGAUAUGUGGAGCGUUAAUAUUGGUGCUACAGUUGUCAUAUGUUGGUUUGGGUCUUCGCUGCUACUGUAACCAGUGUCCACCAAAGAUUGGCUUGCCUAGCAACUCAUGUCUGGCUCGAGACAACAGCAAGUGCUUCACUGCUGUCACCAUCAACUACCUGGAGGAUGAGACCACAGAGACUUGGGACUAUGGCUGUCUAGGGGAUGAUGAGAGCACCCUCUUGCAGUGUAAGGGGGACCUAGUGCCACACCAUGUGCCGAAGACGAUAGCAUGCUGUGACAGCGGAGACGACUGCAACUGGGAACUGACACCCAAAGUGGUGGAGCGAAGCACAACACCUGUACCAGAGUACGAGGUGCCCAAGAAGUAUGAAAACAUCACCCACAUUGCGCUGCUGAUAUCAGUGACUGUGUGUUUUGUGAUCCUCAUCAUCACCGUCACCUUUGUGUACCUCAGGUAUCGUAAGCGUGAGCUUGAGAGAGAGCAGAUCCUGGAAGAAGCAGAGAACGAGACGUUCAUUGGGACAGGAGAGACACUACACGACCUCAUAGAGCAGUCCCAGUCUUCUGGCAGUGGCUCAGGGCUUCCAUUACUGGUUCAACGAACAAUUGCCAAGCAGAUUCACCUGAUCAAGAGUAUAGGCAAGGGGCGUUACGGUGAAGUAUGGAAGGGCAAAUGGCGAGGCGAGAAUGUUGCUGUCAAGAUCUUCUUCACCACAGAAGAGCAGAGCUGGUUCCGUGAAACAGAGCUUUACCAAACAGUCCUCCUAAGACAUGACAACAUACUUGGUUUCAUUGCUGCUGACAUCAAGGGCACAGGGUCUUGGACUCAAUUAUUUCUCAUCACAGACUACCAUGAAAAUGGGUCUUUAUAUGAUUACCUCCAGCUUCAUACACUGGACACUCAUGAGAUGCUGCUGUUAUGUCACAGUGCUGCCUGUGGCAUCUCUCACGAUUUGGGCCUGUAUGAUGAUCAGCCGAUCAUCAGUGAAAGCAGCGAAGUUGAUAUUGCUCCCAACACCCGAUCUGGUACAAAACGGUACAUGGCGCCAGAGGUGCUGGAAGACAGAGUCAACAAGAACCACUUUGAUGCCUACAAACAGGCUGACAUGUACGCCUUUGGGCUUGUGGUUUGGGAGGUGGCCAGAAGGUGUAUAAUCGGAGGAAUAGCAGAGGACCAUGCGCUACCCUACUUCGACUGUCUUCAUAGUGAUCCCAGCUUUGAGGAUGUCCGGAAGAUAGUAUGUGUUGAACAGAUCCGACCAGCCAUACCAAAUCGAUGGAUCUCCGAUCCUUACAUGAAGAUCCUGACGAAGGUGAUGAUCGAGUGCUGGAGCCCCAACCCAGCAGCCAGACUCACAUCGUUGCGUGUUAAAAAGACUCUGGGGAAGAUGUUAGAGAGCAUUGACCUCCACACAAAGCUGUCGCAGUCAUGAUGACAUCGGGCAGACAGGAGCUAAACUUAAUCAGGGAAUGCUGAAUAUAUAGUGCUGUGUACAGAUGCUUGUUCUCACCGAAGAGGAGACCGCUUGUCCCACCGACCCAGCGUGCUGCGGAACGCAGAGUGCGGACUCCCCACGUCCAUGCCGCUUGUCCCCGACAGAUGUGGCAGCACGUGGAACGUGGAGUGCACCCAGCCUUGUGCAGGCUUCACGAUCAUGCAUGUCUUGUUCCAUGCAUUUUGUAAACUGAUUGCUCAACCACAGGACUAUAUGAAGUUGGGAUAUGAUUUAUUCAGAUAAGCGUAGAUCAGCAGAAUUCACUGAAUGAAUCAAUGGAUCUACAGCAAAGUUAAUCAUUGAAUCAAUGUUUUCAUGGAUGUUUUGGCCUAAAUUGCUGAUAUCAUGGGUCCAUUCAUCUGAUUAUGUGAACAGACUAGCAACUUGUUUUGUUUUAUUUAAUGAUGAACUAAUUAUACAGGCUUUGUUGGUCCAAGGGAGAUAACUCUGUUUGCUACAAAUGAAAAACUUCAAUUGAAGACAUAUCCUUACAUGAAAACGAGUAUUCUAAUCUAGUCUUAUACUUUCUUCUUCUCUGUAUCUGUAGAAUAAUCUACAAUAUUUUUUUAAAAUAAUGUUUCUGUAAGCAUAAUUUUUUUACUCCUAUAAUUAGAAACUUGCAUGUAUUGAACUCUGAUUUGUGGUUACCCUUCUUCAUACUUAUUACACGUCCCAAAGACAUUCACAAUGUUGAAAUUGGUAUUGUAUUUUAAAUGCAAGUUAAAAACAAUUUACUAAGGCCUUUGUCUUACUGGAUUAUCUCCCUUGGACCAAAGUCUGCCAUUUACUGAGCUUGAUCAAACUUACAGAAUAGACUUGCUCCAGCAAACUAGUGACCUAAUCUCUCCCACCAAGGACAGUCUUCAAAUGGCAUUUUAUAAUUUAUUUACAAAAUUAUUUCAUUGUACCAUACAUGAAUCAGCCUUUCCUCUCUUCAUCAGAACAAACCUGUUUCCCUCUUCGUUUGUUUAUCAAAUCACAUAAUGGCAAUAUGUUGUUAUUAAUCUAAGCGUUAUUUGAAUGACUGCAAAUAUCAUUUGAAUUGUUUGAUUUCCAUGCUCAACCAUUGUUUGUGAUAAAUUAUAAUUUAUGUGCAUACCUUUUUUGAAGAUAGAAACAAAUGGCAUGGAUGCCAUUUCAGAUACAUUUGAUAUGUAUAACUAUUGUUAAACGGUACAAAAUAAUUUUGAAUGCAUCUUAAAUAAGGCAGAAAUUAUCAGUUCAGUGUUGAAAUCUUCAUUUGAUUUUAUGAGAUAUUUUUCCCCGUUGGCACCAAUGUUUUAAUGCUUACCACAUAGAGGUCAGUUGGAUAUGCCAUCCUUGUACAUGCGAACCUAGAGCAUUAUUCAAUGUGUACAGUUUUCAUAGCAUAAAGCAUCAUGAAGUCCGUUUCCAUGGUAACAUACAACUCUUGUACAUAGGUCAUUCUGAUGUCAUAGAUAACCCAAAUUGUAUUUAUUUUUAUGUAGUGUAUUGUACCAUAUCAAGUCACAAUGGUGGUUCUCGGAUGAAGGACCCCCUGUUUGUAUAUAUGUACAUAUAUAUGUGUUUUUCCCCCCGACAGCCCAAACUGUGUAAUAACAUGCCAAACAAUGCUGUUCUUGAAGUCUGUUGUCCCAGUUUUACAUAGUUUUAGCAUACUCAUUUUAAUCAAAAAUUGAUUGUGCAAAUAUGAAUGAAAUCAAACUGUUUUAAGUGUUACUUGACCAGGAAGUGAUAAUGGCUGUAGCAAUAUUUGUACUUAACCAGACGAUGCCAAUUUUGUGAGUUAGUUAGUAAUAUGUUUCUUGAACAUUGCCUCUUCUUGUUGAGUUUUCGAUGUCUCAUAGUUACGUCUCAUGCAGUAAGUGAAUGUACAAUUUGAAGAAAACUGUCUAGAAAAGGUUAUGCCGGUUGUACUUAGAACGACUGCUGGGUAAAUCACGUGAUACUGAAUCCUUUGCAUUUAUCUGCUAUGGUGUAAGAAUAUCUUGCCCCACGGAACCGUUAGCAGCCUUAGUGGUUGAUUCAACUAAGACACUGACACGUCACCCAUUUCACUCAGUGCUGUGAGAAACAU